CCGGAAUAUGGGUGGGGAAAAGAAAUAAUUUCGAUAUUAACUAAUCACUUCCGCUCUUGCGCAAAAGACAAAGUAAUUCUGCGCAAUUGAUUGGUCAAUCAGGACGGAUUAGAUAGUUUUGAAUUUCACAACGUGACCAUUUGGUUCAUUAACAAUCUUUAAUGGCUCUCGAGAGAAAUGGAUGAAGAGGCGUCGCUUGAGAGUUACUUUGACCAGUCAAUUGCUGGUUCCUCUGAGUACAUAUUUGGAGGGGAUUUGGGUUUGCAUGGCCCACCAAAGCUUCAGGAUCCCUCUUUCCUCUCCUCAUCCAUCCCCAACCAACAGAAAGAUCUCGCUGAAGAUCUGGACCUGAGCUUUCUGCCUGAUGAGCUCAGUGCUCACGAUGAGGGGGGAGACAAUGGACGAGUGGGUUCUACAGAGGACAGUGGUGUUUAUUUGGACAGUACAACUGGAUUAUCCACUGAAGCAGACACCGAUAUCAAUAAGAGUCAGCCUGCAGCCUCACCCUUCUGCAGCCUUCCUAUGACCCCAAUGACACCUAUGACCCCUGUAGCCCCUGUAGCAGAAAGUUCAGGGAUCAUUCCACAAUUACAAAAUAUAGUGUCCACAGUAAACCUGGCUUGCCCACUAGACCUAAAAGCCAUUGCCCUUCAAGCUCGAAAUGCUGAAUACAAUCCAAAGCGUUUUGCUGCUGUAAUUAUGCGGAUCCGUGAACCCAGGACCACUGCCCUCAUCUUCAGCUCAGGAAAAAUGGUCUGCACAGGUGCAAAGAGGUUUGCUUUAAUCGCAAACAUCAGUGAGGAGCAGUCUCGCCUUGCUGCAAGGAAGUAUGCCCGGGUGGUGCAGAAGCUCGGCUUCCCAGCCAAAUUUCUUGACUUCAAAAUCCAGAACAUGGUUGGCAGCUGUGAUGUGUGCUUCCCCAUCCGGUUGGAGGGCCUGGUUCUGACUCACCAACAGUUCAGCAGCUAUGAACCCGAGUUGUUUCCUGGUUUGAUCUACCGUAUGGUGAAGCCACGGAUUGUCCUCCUUAUUUUUGUGUCUGGAAAAGUUGUUCUUACAGGUGCUAAAGAUCGCUCUGAAAUAUAUGAAGCUUUUGAGAAUAUCUACCCAAUUCUGAAAGGAUUCAGGAAACAGUGAAAAGAAAUGCACCUCUGCUUGUUAUUGAGUUCUGAUGUCAGUAUUCGAGGUGAUCGUCUCGAAGGUGGUUCUUUAUGCUUUCACUUGAGCCAAGCUUUUGUUUAACAGACAUUUGGUAUUUUGUUUGCAAACAUUAUGCAUGUUGUUUGUAUGUGUUUCUGAUACUGUGUUUACCAUUUAGGUGGUGAGAUGUAAAUGUUUUGUUAACAUAUUUUUCUACAUAGUAAACUGAACUAUAAAAAUCUGA